CGCCAGCUCAAGCGCCAAAGCUAAGCUCGCUCGCUCGCUCGCGCACAACGAAAAUGGCGAGCGGGUGGUGGUGCUGGUCUCUGUGCGCCAAGCCGAAGCAGGUGGCGAGCGAGAGCGUGCACGGCGCGCAGCUCGCGCUGCAGCGGCUGACGGCGGCCAGGCGCUGCGGCGGCAGCGCCGCCGCUGCUUGCGUCGACGUCGAGGCCGGCAAGCCGUGCACGUGCGGCGAGGGGAAGCAGCAGCUGGCGGCUGACGCCGGGAGGGUCGUCGCGGCCGUGGACGUCGCCGGUGGGCAGCACCACCACCACGGCAAGCCGACCAGCUCCUUCGCCCAUUCCGUCAUCAACAUGGUCGGCAUGCUCAUAGGACUCGGGCAGCUGUCGACACCGUACGCUCUGGAGAACGGCGGGUGGGCGUCCGUCUUCCUCCUCGUCGGCCUCGGCGUGAUGUGCGCGUACACGGCGCACAUCAUCGGCAAGUGCCUGGACGACGACCCGAGCUCCAAGACGUACCAGGACAUCGGCGAGCGCGCGUUCGGCGGCAAGGGGAGGGUGCUCGCCUCGGCCUUCAUCUACCUCGAGAUCUUCUUCGCGCUCGUCUCCUACACCAUCUCCCUCAGCGACAACCUGCCGCUCGUCUUCGCCGGCGCGCGCCUCCACCUGCCGUGGGCGCACCUCACCACCACGCAGCUGCUCACCGUCGCCGCCGUGCUGGUGGCGCUCCCCAGCCUGUGGCUGCGGGACCUGUCGACGAUCUCGUUCCUGUCCUUCGCCGGCAUCGUCAUGUCGCUGCUCAUCUUCGUCACCGUCGUCUGCGUGGCGGCGUUCGGCGGCGUGGGCCUCGGCGGCCACAUCCCGGCGCUGCGGCUGGAGAGGAUCCCGGCGGUGUCGGGCCUCUACAUGUUCAGCUACGCCGGCCACAUCGUGUUCCCGAACAUCUACGCCGCCAUGAAGGACCCCUCGGCGUUCACCAAGGUCUCCGUCGCGAGCUUCGCCGUCGUCACCGCGCUCUACACGGCGCUGGCGUUCGUCGGCGCGAGCCUGUUCGGCCCGGCGGUGAGCUCCCAGAUCACGCUCAGCAUGCCGCCGCGGCUCGCCGUCACCAGGAUCGCGCUCUGGGCGACCGUGCUCACCCCGGUCACCAAGUACGCGCUCGAGUUCGCGCCCUUCGCCAUCCAGCUCGAGCACCACCUGCCGCCGACCAUGUCCCCGCGCGCCCGCACGCUCGUCCGCGGCGGCGUCGGCUCGGCGGCGCUGCUCCUCAUCCUGGCGCUCGCCCUCUCCGUGCCCUACUUCCAGUACGUGCUCAGCCUCACCGGGUCGCUCGUCAGCGUCGCCAUCUCGGUCAUCUUCCCCUGCGCCUUCUACCUCAAGAUCCGGUGGGGCCGCGUGUCGCGCUCCGCCGUCGCGCUCAACGCCGCGAUGAUCGCCGGCGGCGUCGUCCUCGCCGUGGUCGGGACGGCCUCGUCGGCCAAGUCGUUGGUGCAGAGCAUACAGAGAGGCCAUGCAGCGUAAGUAUAGAUAUGUUUGAAUAUUUAAUGAGAUUGGCCCUAAUAUUUAGGUUCAAGAAUAAUGAAUUAAGUUACUUGGCCUGUGUGUAAUUAUGUAUAGAUUAAACAUAUAAUGUCUCCUAGAGUUUAUACUUUUGCAUUGUAUAUGUUUGAAAGAACACAUGUAUGAAAUGCAUCCAGAAGUCCAGACUGAUGCAUUAUGGAAAGAAUAUUCAGAUUCUAUAUGAAAAAUAUUCCUU